GGGACAUUGGGCCUCGAACUCGAGGAAGGUCACAGCUGACCUGACGACUCGCACCGCCAACACGCGGAAUUCUUGCUGGGACGGCGCCGCGAAAGGUACGGUUUUCACUGCGUUCUGGUGUGGACGACGACAAACUACAGAAAAAGACAUGGCAGCAAGAAAGGGAUUUGGAGUGGGGGGAUUUGGCUACCAUCAGAUGCCAGUGAGCCAGCCGAUGACAGAAGCAGAGAUGAACAUAAGCACUAACACCAGCAGUACCAACUUGAAGGACAAGCGUUCUCGUAUCUUCAUUGGCAACCUGAACACCUUCAGGGUGACCAAAGCUGAUGUAGAGGAAAUCUUCUCCUAUUACGGCUACAUCAAGGGCUGCUCUGUCCACAAGGGUUACGCCUUUGUCCAGUACACCAACGAGGCUGACGCAAGGGCAGCGGCCACCAGUGAAGAUGGCCGUAUGUUGGCUGGACAGGUUCUAGAUGUGAACAUCGCCUCUGAGCCAAAGCCUAACCAGAAGCCACCUGGCCAAGGGCCCACAAAAAGAGGUGCUCCAUCUACCAACUGGGGCAGCGGUGUUGGGAUGGACUUCCAAAGUGAUCCAAACUACACCGGGUUUGACCAGCCUCCCCCACUGAUGGGCGGUCCCCCUGCCAAGAGGCCCCGUCCCGGAAUGAUGGGGAAACCCAAAAUGGGCACACAGAACAGGCCAAAGGCACUUGCCUCGGUGGCGGCAGCAGCGUCAGGCAUGCCAAGCAUAUCAGGGUCCACAGACAUCCUCAUUUGUGGCAUGUGCAAACAGGUCUUCAGCAACAUGGCCGUCCUGCAGGCCCACAAGACACAGGGCUGCCAACUCAAGUUUGUCUGCAAGUGCAGCGAGCUGGCAGGAGAGUUGACAGGCCCAGCCAAGCCCUCGUCUUGGGUGUGCACCUUGUGCCAAGAGACGUUUGAGGGAGCCUGGCCCCUGAUGUACCAUGCACAGACACAGCACGGCACCUCCAUCUUCCAGGACAUCCCUGAGGUCAAGGAGGAGGAGGAACAGAAGGACGAGGAGUCUGCCCAGAAUUCACAGAAUGGAAAUGGAGAGGAACAGCAGCAGGCAGCGAUUGAAGAGCAGAACUGACGCCCCCUUGCAGAUUUUGACUGAAAGACAGCCCUAACCUGGCACACCCCGUAUCAGCAGAUGGAUAUGGAGUACAGGGGACAAAACUCUUAUUGUUUCACUCAGCAUGGAGGCCAUAGAUUUACCGCUCUACUAUUAUAGAUUUGUACAUUUAGCCUUUUGCAGCUGCAUGUUCUGGUUUCUGUUGUUCAGUGCGGUAUGGUAAUCCAAUUUGCUUACUGUUGG